AUGGUCCACCUGAUCUCGGCGCUGCUCAGCGUGGCUUUAUCUCCGACAACAGCCGCCCUCGUGUCAGCCGAGCCCUUCUCGCUGCCACUGCCACACUCGGACGAGUCCCACGUACACCCGCCAUCAUCGUCGUUAUCGUCGUCGUCGCCUUCCGGCUUCUCGCCGAGCCCCGACCACGCUCGCGAGAAUGCCGCAUACAUUUUCAACGAGGUGCACUCGGCCAUGCGGCAGUGGGGGUCCUCGGUGCACCACAACGGCAUGGGGCUGAUCCCCGCGACGGUGCCAAAGGGUACGCUGAUGUACCAUGGUACCAACUCCAACAGCACGCCCGAGGGUUUCGAGUGGCUCGCUUUCGAAAUGGAACAUUCCGAGAACUUUGCAAGGAGCUGGAGGGGCCAGCGCCCGCCACCCGGUCGAGGUGGGAGUCCACACGGCGGCCGGCCGGUUGACCCGACGGUUCAAGGACAGAAACCGCUCGGGGGGGAGGACGACGAGAGGCCUCCCAAGGGUUCCGGGAGGCCUGGGAGACCAGAAGGACCCGUCCGGGGGUACCUCCACACGUAUCGCGCGAACCGAGACCUGAAGCUGCUGUACAUCGACGGCAUGAGCGCGGGAAAGACGGCCAUGGGCACGCUGGAUACGCAGGACUAUUUGCUGCGUGGGGUCGACAACGCGCCCGGGUACGGAGACAUCGACCGCGCCAGAGACAUCUGCAAGAUCGUCAAGGCAUGGGGCCUCGACGGGGUCAUCAGGAUGGAGAUCGGGUUCGAGUCCAUCUACUGCGACUUCUUUGACGGGUUGGACCUCGUCUCGAUGCUGAGGAGACCGUGGAUGGACCAGGUCGAGGGGGAGUACGGCAUGAAUCUGUUUGAGUGGGCGAGGGCCGUCAGCCAGCGGUACGACGGCAUCGGGGCCGGGAGAGUGAGGUUGGACUUUGGAGGGAUGGUGAGCGGACUGUGGUAUCCGCUGAACGUGACCAAUCCGAACGGACGGGGGGACAUGCCGAGGCUGGGACUCCCUGCGGACGGGGAGAGGGGGGUGAUUCUCGGGAGGGUCGAGGAGAUCGUCAAGGGGGCAAAGUGGGCAGAGGGAAAGGUUGACUGGCAAGGCAUCGUCGACAUGAUGGUCUCGCGGUACGCCGACCGCAUCGAGGCGCUGGCGGACGAGGGCGAAGACGGCGGGGACGAGGCGUUCCUGGGCCAGGUCCUCGUCGUGACGAACUCGUUCGUCGACUACCCGCGGGACGCAUCCGACUCGGCGGCGGCGGCGGCGGCGCGCGGAGAGGAGGACGACUACGUCAAGGAUGCGAGGGAGCGGUGCGCCGCGAGCCACCUCGCGCCGGCGACGGUACGGAGGGACGAGUGGACGCCCGAGGACAGCAUGCUCCACGCCGCCAUCUCCACCGUUGCGGAGCGCAUCUGCGGGGACCUGUUCGACGUCCGCGGCCUCGUCCUCGAAGCGGCGCCCGCGCUGGCCAGCGCUUUCUCGCAGGCCGAGAUCCGGGACGUCGUCGCGGCCGCCCGGGACGGCGACGGCGACGAGGACGAGAAGCUCGGCGGCGCGGUCCGGCGGGGUCGCGCAGCAAUCCAGGCGCUCAAGAGGGACCUCGGGUGGGCCGGCUGGAAGAGGUGCAAGCCCGGGUGCGGCGUCGGCGAGGUCUGCUUCAUCGCCAUGUGGCCGUUCGGCUACGUGGAGGACCACUUCCGGCCGAGCUGCCACAACCGGAGCGUCAUGCUCGAUCGGUGGCGCCCGGGCGGCGCCAACGUCGGGUAUUGGGACUGGGAGCCCAGGAUGGUGUAG